UUCACGAUCAGCGCGGCCCUGAAACGUAAGGGUGCCAUGGAGCAAAUUCUUGAAGCCAACAUGAAUCCAGGUCAGUGGUCGGAACUGUUUAUUGUUAUUAUUUUUCAAAUAUUCCACUACCUUGCCACAGCACAAUAUAAUUGUUCUACCAUUGUCUUAAGGGUAGCACAGGAGAGUACCCAUUACACCACAGGAAAGUACAGCGCAAUAGCUUUUGUUUGAGUAGCCAUAGCUACGCACAAACUCAAAAGUUGGAACCACAUUGAGCAGCACAGUAAACAGUACGACGAAAAAGUGCUCACAGAAGCUUUCACUUGAAUGGUUAUACCUUGAGAUUCCAUCCAGACUCAAAAGUACCACCUUGUACAGCAUAAAAAGCAGCACCACCGGAAAGUACUGCUCAUGCUCAGUAGCUUUCGUUUGAAUGGUCACACUUUAGGAUUUCAUUCACAGACUCAAAAGAUAGAACCACCUUGUACAGCUUAAUCAACAAUACCACAGGAGUGUACUGCUCGGUUGCUUUCAUGUGAGUGGUCACACUUAAGGAUUCCAUCCAUAGACUCAAAAGUUAAGAACCGCCUUUCACAGCACAAUAAACUGUAUGAUAGGAAAGUACUACUCCGUCGCUUUCAUUUGAAUUGGUUACACUUUAGAAUUCAAUCGAAAGCAAGGCUCACACGUAGUGACUCCGCAAUAACCCUGACCCCAUCCUUGCUUUGUAGUAUCCUUAUUUCAACGAUGGUGGCCCUAUAUAUAUUGACUCCCUUUACAGAUCCGCAUCAAAGUCCUCCAGGAAAACAUUUGUCCUUUUAUCAGGGAGACAUCAGACUGUCAAAGAAACAAGCUGAGAAUCUUAAGAAAUAUGGGGACCCGUCGAAAAAUUCGGCCAACUCUCGCGCGGCGAGCAGCGUG